CAGGAUGGCUGAGCAAGGCUCAAGUGACCCUGGUGGCCCUUCUCACACUCCGGCCACGCCCGGACGGAGUGGCAGGGGUUUGGUGAUGGGACGCCGGCUACCAGCUACUAUCUCCCCUGGCCGCCUCCCUUCCAUGCGCUCCAGAGACCUCACCCUGGGAGGUGUAAAAAAGGUAGGCUCAGUUAAUUGUAUUCAGUGUUUGUAAUGGUCUAUCACCAGCACUUUUGUAUUUGUUUAACUAAGUAAAUCUUGACUCCCAUGUUUUAUCUUUCAGAAAACCUUCACCCCUAACAUUAUUGGCCGCAAAGCUAAAGAAGAGUAAGUUCAGUUGUUCAGUCUGUGACGAUAUAUGAAGCUCUUCCUUUGUCCUGGCACCCCAAUGGUGGAAUGAGUGCCUGCCCAUCUUCCGAAAACGUCUGAAACCGUACCUUCUUUAAAGAGUCUUAAAUAAUCCCACAAAUUUGACGAACUGACUUGUUGGAAAGGUGGCAUCCUAUGAAGGUGUCACGAGCUCUUCAGUAAGGCCAUUCUACUGCCAAUGUUUGUCUAUGGCGAUUGCAUGGCUGUGUGCUUGAUUUUAUACACUUAUCAGCAAUGGGUGUGGCUGAAAUAAGGGGUGUCCACAUACUUUUGUGUAUAUACUGUAUAUAGUGCAUCUUAAGAUGAAUUGCCUAACUGAAAGUCUGCUAAAUGACAAAAAUGGAAAUACAAUGCAUGAUUCUGAAAUGUUUUCCAGCACAUACUUGACCUUAGGAAUGACGAUAUGUUGAUGACAGAGUUUGACUUUAUUCUACCAUAGGCAGAAGGUUGAGGGUGGACAAAGGAGGGAGAGGAGGGAGAACGAUCGGGGUCGUGAGCGAGGUGGUAGGGGUCGGGGCCGGGGACGUCCAGAGGUCAUCCAGUCCCACUCCAUCUUUGAACAGGGGCCUGCAGAGAUGAUGAUUAAGAAAAGAGGUACGGCCGGGUCAUUCAUUCAGCUGGGAUUCCAUAACAUUGUGUUAUAUGGUGUAAUAUUUUGUGUAGACCAUAUUGAUGUAUCAUGAUUUGCGUUUUAACCCCUGAGUUUCUUCCUGUGCUCCAAUCAGGUGGCUAUGAAGGUGAGAGAGAUGCACCAAGUGUGGGUCCCUCACCCAUCAUCAACAUCAAGAAGGAGAAGAGGGAGACAGAGGAAGAGACCAAAGAAAUUUUGCGCGCUCUGGAACGAGACAAUGUGAGUCCUCCAUGUACCUAUGUCUCAUCAUGCUGUCGGCCUGUACAUUUAUUGUCUAGUUCCUUGCCCACUUACUUAUAAGUAAUUUGCAACUAAUUUCCACCAGUUCCUGGACGACCCUCACCUAAGGAGUGAUGUAAGGAGCUGUCCUGUUCAGCUGCCCCUGGCUGUGUCAGGGUGGGGAUUCAAGGAGGAAAGUGAUGUGACUGAGAGAGCCUCCUUCAAACCAGACAAGACUGAAGAGGACAGUGAGGUCAUGGAUGGCACAAAUGCAGUCAAAGGUAACAAUAAUCCAUGUCAGUUAAAAUGAAACAAAAUGGCAAAGCUAUGGGCUCCAAAUGUCUUGCCAUGUGUCUCCCUCCCUCUUCAGUGAAACAGGAGCCAGAAGAUGCUCCAGAGGUAAAGAAGAUGGAACCCACUUUCAGACCCCCUCCGCUCCCUGAGCCUGAGGUUUUACCUGAGCUGCUAGAGAGCUGGAGUCAGAGCAAAGAAGAGGAGCUGUUCUUCAUCCAGCUCCCUGACUCCCUACCAGGGCAGCCGCCAACCCAAGAGGUCAGGCCAGUGAAGACAGAGAUGCAGUCAGAGGAUGGACAGUCCAUUCUUUUGAAAACUGAAUCUCAAGUAGGUAUUCGGGUAUUAAAUAUGUCAAACCAAAUGUUAUUUGUCACAUACACGUGUUUAGCAGAUGUUAUAGCGGGUGAAGCGAAAUGCUUGUGCUUCUAGCUCCGACAGUGCAGUAAUAUCUAACAAGUAAUAUCUAACAAUUUCACAACAUAUAUCCAAUACACACAAAACUAGUAAGGAAUGGAAUUUAUGAAUAUAUACAUAUAUGGACAAGCAAUGACAGAGCGGCAUGGACUAAGAUACAGUAGAAUAUUAUAGAAUAGAAUACAGUAUAUACAUAUGAGAUGAGUAGUGCAAGAUAUGUAAACAUUAUUAAAGUGACUAGUGUUCCAUUUCUUAAAGUGGCCAGUGAUUUCAAUAGGCAGCAGCAGCCUCUAUGUGGUUCAGAGAGCAAGGCUACUAUGUACAGUGAGGGAAAAAAGUAUUUGAUCCCCUGCUGAUUUUGUAUGUUUGCCCACUGACAAAGACAUGAUCAGUCUAUAAUUUUAAUGGUAGGUUUAUUUGAACAGUGAGAGACAGAAUAACAACAAAAAAAUCCUGAAAAACGCAUGUCAAAAAUGUUAUAAAUUGAUUUGCAUUGUAAUGAGGGAAAUAAGUAUUUGACCCCUCUGCAAAACAUGACUUAGUACUUGGUGGCAAAACCCUUGUUGGCAAUCACAGAGGUCACACGUUUCUUGUAGUUUGCACACAUCUCAGGAGGGAUUUUGUUCCACUCCUCUUUGCAGAUCUUCUCCAAGUCAUUAAGGUUUCGAGGAUGACGUUUGGCAACUCGAACCUUCAGCUCCCUCCACAGAUUUUCUAUGGGAUUAAGUUCUGGAGACUGGCUAGGCCACUCCAGGACCUUAAUGUGCUUCUUCUUGAGCCACUCCUUUGUUGCCUUGACCGUGUGUUUUGGGUCAUUGUCAUGCUGGAAUACCCAUCCACGACCCAUUUUCAUUGCCCUGGCUGAGGGAAGGAGGUUCUCACCCUUUGAUGCGGUGAAGUUGUCCUGUCCCCUUAGCAGAAAAACACCCCCAAAGCAUAAUGUUUCCACCUCCAUUUUUGACGGUGGGGAUGGUGUUCUUGGGGUCAUAGGCAGCAUUCCUCCUCCUCCAAACACGGCAAGUUGAGUUGAUGCAAAAGAGCUCAAUUUUGGUCUCAUCUGACCAAAACACUUUCACCCAGUUCUCCUCUGAAUCAUUCAGAUGUUCAUUGGCAAACUUCAGACGGCCCUGUAUAUGUGCUUUCUUGAGCAGGGGGACCUUGCGGGUGCUGCAGGAUUUCAGUCCUUCACGGCGUAGUGUGUUACCAAUUGUUUUCUUGGUGACUAUGGUCCCAGCUGCCUUGAGAUCAUUGACAAGAUCCUCCCGUGUAGUUCUGGGCUGAUUCCUCACCGUUCUCAUGAUCAUUGCAACUCCACGAGGUGAGAUCUUGCAUGGAGCCCCAGGCCGAGGGAGAUUGACAGUUCUUUUGUGUUUCUUCCAUUUGCGAAUAAUCGCACCAACUGCUGUCACCUUCUCACCAAGCUGCUUGGCGAUGGGCUGUAGUCUAUUCCAGCCUUGUGUAGGUCUACAAUCUUGUCCCUGACAUCCUUGGAGAGCUCUUUGGUCUUGGCCAUGGUGGAGAGUUUGGAAUCUGAUUGAUUGAUUGAUUGCUUCUGUGGACAGGUAUAUUUUAUACAGGUAACAAGCUGAGAUUAGUAGCACUCCCUUUAAGAGUGUGCUCCUAAUCUCAGCUCGUUACCUGUAUAAAAGACACCUGGGAGCCAAAAAUCUUUCUGAUUGAGAGGGGGUCAAAUACUUAUUUCCCUCAUUAAAAUGCAAAUCAAUUUAUAACAUUUUUGACAUGCGUUUUUCAUUUUUUUGUUGUUGCUAUUCUGUCUCUCACUGUUCAAAUAAUCCAACCAUUAAAAUUAUAGACUGAUCAUUUCUUUGUCAGUGGGCAAACGUACAAAAUCAGCAGGGGAUCAAAUACCUUUUUCCCUCACUGUAUACGAUCAGUUUGCAUGUCUGUCCUCUGUGGAAUAGGAGGAGCAGCAGGAGGAAAACAGUUGCCAUCUGAGGGACCUGCAGGAGGGUCUGGUGGGACGGCUGUUGGUGCGGAAGUCUGGUCGCGUGCAGCUCAUACUGGGGCAUGUCACACUAGAUGUGGCUCUGGGAACCUCAUGUGCUUUCCUCCAGGUCAGAGAGAACACAACCUUUGGCUGCUCAUAGUUGGUUAAAAUCAUAUGAUGCACACCAGAUGAUGAUGACAGAGUCUCUGGAUGAUGUCACUGGAAACACUUAUCUUCCAUCUUUUUUACUACAAAACAUAGAAACCUGACGUUUUCAUGUUGAUGUUGGGGGUGGUGCUGGAGAUGAUGAACUUGAUGUUGAAAUGAGUGGAAUUUCCCUUUAAAUCUUCACUUCUCUGUAGUUUUAUAGUUGUACAGUAUGUAAACAUAUUUUAUGUUUGUCUUGUAUGUCAUUGUCUGACAAGCCCCCCCCCCCCCCCCCCCCUUCUAAUUCCAUUAGGAGCUGGUGUCAGUUGGAACAGGAGAGGGCCGGACUGGUGACUUGUCAGUGCUGGGACACAUCAAACACAAAUUGGUCUGCUCGCCAGACUUCGAAGCCCUGUUGGAGAACAGAGUAUGACGAACCAUUAAGCAAUUUCUACACUGCAGUGGGGACCUCAUCCAGAAAGACACACAGACCAUGCAGUGCUGUAUCAGGUCUAUAAGGACAGUAGUACCACAACACCCAUAUUUUUUCAGGUGGUUAAUUGGCCCUGGAAAGUUGCAGAAUGUGUAAUAUAAAGUAUUGAAACAGAUCUCCUACCACUAUUUUGUAAGAAAAGACAGCUUGUUUACAGAACAUUGUAUUUAUUUUUCUCUCUGCAGAAAGUGAUGGGAGAAGAUUCACUUUUUUGAGAUGUGUUCUAAAAAAGAUGUGCUAAGUGACUCCAAUAAAGGGAAGGUACAGUAUUCUCUACAUGAAUGUGCCAAAUUCCAAAUGUCAUAUUCCAGUGUUAUAAGCAGAUCACACUAUCAGGUCUAAGCUUGGGAGGGGUAAGUGGAAAAGUAAUAUUGCCCCUGUGGUAUCCUGCAAACACAUACCUAAAUUACUGGAUGUAAGAUUACAUUUUACUUGGAUGUAAGAUUAAUAAAACGAACAAAGAGAA